AUGUUUUACUCUCUACCAAUUGAAGUUCAAUUUGAUGUCUUAAAAUGUCUUAAUUUCAACCAAUUAUUCACUUUUAAACAAAUCAACUUUUAUUCGUUCAAUUUAAUUAAUAAAUAUGAAAAUGAAUUGGCUCGAAUGAAAUUUGAUUUACUCUACAUAAAAGAUUACAAUUUGAUCGAGGACCAAAAAUAUGGUUUUAGAAUUAUUGCACCUGAAUCUGUAACUUCUGAAUUUAUUUUGAAUGAUCAACUUUUGGAAAAGUGGGAAGCAGUGAUAGCUAAAUCAAUUCCUUUGUUUUUACACAAUAUUAAACGUUAUAAUGAAUGUACAGAAUUCAGCAUUCGUCUAUUCAGGCCAAAUUUUAACUUAAAAUUGCCAAACAUUCAAAAAAAUAUUGAAGGAAUGAUUAUUAUUCGAUUUUGGUUAGAACAACUUUUUAAAUGUGCUUUUAUCGAAGGAAGAUUUCGAUAUAUUAUAUUUAAUCCACAAAUGAUUAAUUUAUUAUUUGAUAACGACAAAACAAUUCCUCUUCAAUUCAACAUAAAAGAGCCGAAUGUUCAACUCAAAAACAAUAAAUUUGAUGAUUUUUUGAAAUUCACUUUAAAUCAUUUGGCCAAUUCAGCAAAUCUUAAAUUAGAUUUGUUUAGUGUCAAAAAUUUAGAGCAAUAUGCGGAUAUUUUAUUCAAUAUUUUAACAAAUGAGGGCAAUAAAUUUCCUAUAGUUUAUUUUGAAUGUCCUGGAUUGACAAAGCUUUGUGAUCUUAUUAUCGAAUAUAUAACAACAUCUAAAGACUGUUCAAAAAUGGUGCCUGUCAUUAAUUUAUAUCACAUUUUUUACCCAAAAUCUAAAUUAAAAAAGUUAGCAAAAACUGUUGAAAGUUGUAAUGAUUCAGUCUAUCAAAUUGCCAAUAUUUACAAUCCAAAAGUGAAAUUUGUAAUUACAAAUGUUUAUAUUAGAAUAACAAUAGAAAGAAUGUAA